AGUUGGCAACAUUGCUUCAGUCGUUGUUUUUGCUUUUGCUUGAACACGCAGCGUGCUGCGUUCGUGAAUAAUAACAUUCAAUUCGGAUUGUUGUUUUCUUUUUGUUAUUGUUGUUGUUGUUGUUAUUGUUACAUAGCACGCCGAAAAACAAAUACUUUAAGAGAUACUGCUCGGCUCACAAAAAAGAGAGAAUGCUUUCGCUGCAGAAUCAACGGCAACCGAAGACGACGCCGCUCGUCGACGACUAUGAAAUCUCGGACACUGUGCUGGGACUGGGCAUCAAUGGAAAAGUGGUGCAGUGCACCAAUCGACGCACCAAACAGAACUAUGCCCUCAAAGUGCUGCUGGACAAUGAGAAGGCGCGACGUGAGGUCGAUUUGCAUUGGCGGGUCAGCGGAUGUCGACAUAUAGUCAAUAUAGUAGAUGUCUACGAGAACACCUACAGUGGUCGCAAGUGUCUACUUGUCGUGAUGGAAUGCAUGGAAGGUGGCGAGCUGUUCCAGCGCAUACAGGACAAGGCGGAUGGGGCAUUCACGGAACGGGAGGCGGCACAGAUAAUGCACGAGAUCUGUGCGGCAAUACAUUAUCUGCACAGUCGCGAUAUCGCACAUCGCGAUCUCAAGCCAGAGAAUUUGCUGUAUACGACAAAGCAGCCAAAUGCGAUAUUGAAACUGACCGAUUUCGGUUUCGCCAAGGAGACAUUCACCAAUGAUACCCUACAAACGCCCUGCUAUACGCCCUACUAUGUCGCUCCCGAAGUGCUCGGUCCGCAAAAGUAUGACAAAAGCUGUGACAUCUGGUCGCUGGGCGUGGUCAUGUACAUAAUAAUGUGCGGAUUUCCGCCGUUCUACAGCAACAACGGUCUGGCCAUAUCGCCGGGCAUGAAGAAACGCAUACGCACCGGACAAUAUGAUUUUCCCGAUCCCGAAUGGACGAAUGUGAGUCAAGCGGCCAAGGAUCUAAUCAAGGGCAUGCUGAAUGUGGAUCCCAGCAAGCGUCUGCACAUCGAGGAUGUGUUGCGCAACAAAUGGAUUGCCCAGUUCCAUGCGGUGCCCCAAACGCCGCUCUGCACCGGCCGCAUGCUCAAAGAGGGCGAGGAAACCUGGCCCGAAGUCCAGGAGGAGAUGACACGAUCGCUGGCCACCAUGCGUGUCGAUUACGAUCAGAUGCAAAUUAAGGCGCUGGACAAGUCCAACAAUCCGCUGUUGACCAAGCGCAGGAAAAAGAUUGAGGAGAUUUAUGCGGCGCAGAACAAAUGAGUCGAUAACAGCAACAGCAACAACAACAACAUUACAAAAAAAAACAAGGAAUAAAGGACAAACGCCAAACCCCCUUAAACCCCAACUUUAACCCCCCCAAAAGAAAUUCUACAACAAUAUGAGAUAAAUUAUCCAAUCUGGAUGCUCCAUAAGAUUUAAGCGAGUUGUUCAAUGCUUACAAAAACAAAACAAAAGCACACGACUACAAAAUGUGAAAAGUUCUAAAGUUUAACACACCUCCCCCAUUGAUCUAUUUUACAUUAUGUUCAUAUAUAUAUAUUUUUGUUGUUUGUUUUUAUGUCCAUUUCCAAAUUUGGUUAAAGGUUUUAACGUUAUUUCUUUUAGUCUGAUAAAGUGCUCUUUCAUAAUGAAACUAAAUCUAUGCAACUACAUAAUUAUAUAUGUUAUGUGUAUGUGAAAAACAAAACAAAAAAAUUAUAAUGUCUAGACAAGAUCCGGCUAUAGCCAGUCCUCCAACCAGUUCCGAAAAAAGAAAAAAACAAAAAUAUUCAGAAUUUUAUUGAUUGUAAUUUGUGUAUUCAUAAUUUUGUGACUUUUUUUUUUUUAUUUUGCAUAAUGAUAUCUACUAUACUUAUACUAUAUAAAAUGAUGAAAAGAAAGAUCUAUAUGUUUAUAAUUUAAUGAAAUAUUUGGAUGGAAUGAUGACGAUAAUGCCAGUUAACAUUAACUUUAAAUUUAGCCUUGCUGCAGUUUUACGUGUGUUGAUUACAUUUUCAGACUCUACAUAUAUGCAAGCUCUACAAUUUAUCAUAUAAAUAAAGUAUUUGUAGUUUAUAAAA